AUGGACCCUAAGAACAACCUUCAGGAUGUGUUACGGUGUCAUCUCUUUGAGACCCCGGGCCCCCCUAUGUACUGUGUCAUUUGUAACAAAUAUCUGUGUAAAACCUGUGAGAAGGACCAUCUUUCUGAUCUAUCCAAAGAACACAAAGUGCUGUCAUUUAAAAAGAGAGGAUAUACUCCAAAGUGUCAAAAACAUUCCUCAAAAAUAUGUGAACUUUACUGUCAACAAUGCGACAUUCCUAUUUGUGGCACAUGUAUUUCCUCUGAAGAACACAGCGGCCAUAUAUCUAUUGAAAUAACUAAAACCAUGGACAACAAGAAAGAAAUCAUUCGAAAAAUUUUACAGGAACUAGAAAAAUCCAUUUAUCUUAAAUAUAAAGAUAUUUUAUCCAUUAUCCAUGUCCAGAAAUCUGCUCUGAACGAAAACUCUCAGAAAUUGACAACAGAAAUCGACAAACAUGGAGAAGUCUGGCACAGAGAAAUAAACACCAUUAUUAGAAACAUGAAAUCUAACGUGGAGGAAAUGGACAGCAAACACUUGGCUAAGAUCAACAAAGAACAGCUUUAUCAACAGUUUGGUUCUCUGUCAGCAUUAUCUAUCAAAACAGAAGAACAUGGUUUCAUCAUGGAAUCUCCCAGUGCUGAGUCCUGUCCCCCGGACAGACCGCUCAUUGAUGUACCACGGAUCGUCACACAGAUAGACACCGACUAUGGAGUAUUAAACAGUGUGUCCUGUCUGAGUGAUGAGGAGAUGUGGACGUGUGGUCAGGACAAAAUCAUAAGAAUGUACAACCUUAGUGGGAAACUAGUGAAGUCAGUCAAAACCAAGUCAGAGAACUAUCCAUACGACAUAGCAGUGACAAGGAGUGGGCAUCUAGUUUAUACUGAUUACAAAGAUAGAACUGUGAACAUAGUGAAGAAUACACAGAUACAGACAGUGAUCAGUCUACAGGGUUGGAGACCUCUCGGUGUCUGUAGUACCUCCUAUGGUGACCUCCUAGUUGUCAUGGACAGUGAUGAUGAUAAACAAACAAAAGUUGUGUGUUAUUCUGGCUCCACAGAGAAACAAAGUAUUCAGUACAAUGACAAAGGACGACCUCUCUAUUCAUCUGGUGAAUAUAAAUACAUCAGUGAGAACAGGAACCUAGAUAUAUGUGUGUCAGACUCUGACGCCAGUGCAGUAGUGGUGGUCAAUCAGGCCGGGAAACUCCGGUUUACCUACACUGGUCCUCCUUCUACUACCAAGGAAUCAUUCUAUCCAUUUGGCAUCACAACAGACAGCCAGGGUCGGAUCCUGACAGCUGACGGUUACAACCAGCGUAUCCACAUCCUGGAUCAGGACGGACAGUUCCUCCGCUACAUUGACAACUGUCAUUUACGGUUUCUAUGGAGUUUAUGUGUGGACACCAGAGACAACCUCUUUGUGCCUGAGUGGUACACAGGUAAAGUGAAGAAAAUACAAUACAUGUAACAUGUGCUAUAUAUUUUACUACUGUAGUACAUGAAUGUGUCUAUAGAUUACACACACCUGUGUAAAUAAAACUUUGUUAAAGUACCGUAUAUUUCAUUUAAAUUAAAAAAAAUUAUCACGUACAUGCAUAACCUAACACACUGUUUAGUUUUAUAUCAUUGCAGCUCAUUUAUGCAUUGUAGUGUAUGUGUACAUGUGUUACAUUGUCAAUUGAGUAUAUAUACAUGUAUUGUUU